GCAACCAAUUUUUCCGUAAAAAAUUGUCUCUCCUUAUCCUCUUAUUCCCCCAUCGGCCGCCCCCGCUACCGGCCCGAGGCUCGCACCGCCACCCCCGCCUCAGGCCUCCCCGGCUCCGCCUCGGGCUCGCGCCGGCGGCCGCUGCCUCAGCCUCGGGCCUCCGCCUGCCUGGAGGCUCGAGCUCGCGUCGGCGGCCUUCGCCUCAAGCUCGCGCUGGCGGCCACCGCCUACGCCUCGAUCUCGCGCCGGCGGCCGCCGCUUCCUCCGCCUCGGGCUCGUACCGGCAGCCUCUGCUCGCGCAGCGGGCCUAACUGCCGACGACGGGGCGCCUAGACAUAUCAUCGAGCGACGGAUCCGACGCCCGCGCCAUCUCUGCCCUAUGCUGGCACCGGGCCGGCGCUGGAGAGGAGAUAUUUGGACCUAGCUCACUUGGCCGGAUUGUGCUUCCGGUUUAGUUCUGGUGCCUCGAAUCCAAGUCUCCCGUUUUCUUCGUUCCAUUACUGCGCAGUUUAUUUCCCAAGAAUUUGGUGGUUCGACUGAACCUCUAUGCCCCACGUGGAGUCCGCCGCUGCUUCGGACGGGCCGCCGCUACAGGACGCAUGGCACGCCGAGUUUCAACGCCUCGUCCCGCUGUGGGAGUCGCUGCGCAAUACAUCCGAGGUCAUUAUCCCAAUUUCAAUAUCUAGGGUGAACCAGUUUGAUGCUGCAAGACUAGAUGUUGAGAUGUCUGCCAUGUUGAAAGAGCAACUAGUCAAAGUGUUCUCUUUAAUGAAGCCAGGAUUCUUAUUCCAAUAUGAGCCUGAACUCGACGCUUUCCUCGAAUUCCUCAUCUGGAGGUUCUCGAUUUGGGUUGACAAGCCAACCCCAGGCAAUGCACUCAUGAACCUAAAGUAUAGAGAUGAGCGGGCAGCGCCCAUCACUGGAAAAGAAGUAAGAACAGGUUUGGAAGGACCUGGGCUUUCUGUUUCUCAAAAGAUAUUUUACUGUAUUAGCUUUGUUGGUGGCCAAUAUAUAUGGUCAAGAUUGCAGUCUUUUUCUGCUUUCCGUCGAUGGGGUGAUUCUGAACAGAGACCACUAGCACGCUGCACCUGGGGCUUAGUGCAAAAUGCUGAAGGAUUGUACAAAGCCGCUUCAUUCUUUAACCUGUUAUUGUUCCUUUAUGGUGGAAGGUACAAAACUAUCGUAGAAAGAAUUCUGAAAGCAAGACUUGUUUACGAGAGCCCCAACAUGAAUAGAGCUGUUAGCUUUGAGUACAUGAAUCGGCAGCUAGUUUGGAAUGAGUUUUCGGAAAUGCUGCUUUUGCUUCUUCCGCUCUUAAACUCGUCCUCAGUAAAGAAGUUCCUUCUCCCUUUCUCCAAAGAUAACUCGGCAGGUUCUUCUGGUGAUGAAGCAGAUUGUCCUAUAUGUCGGUCCAGUCCUAGCAUUCCUUUUGUAGCCCUUCCAUGUCAGCACAGGUACUGCUAUUAUUGUCUACGCACACGGUGUUCCGCUACGAGUUCUUAUAGAUGCCCACGUUGUAACGAGGUGGUUGUUGGAAUUCGAAGACAAGGAUCAGUUUAGUUUACUUAGUCUGGUUCAAGAAUUCUUGCCCAUGUACACAAGACUAGCCCCAUUGAUCUUCGUACCUAAAAGUUUAGAUGCCCCCAUCGAGGAUGUGCAUCAGGACAUGUACAUUUAAUGGCCCAAGUAUGAACAGUUUUGAUGCCAUGAAUGCUAGUUGUAUAUGGAAUGAAUGUCACAUUUGUAUUUUAUUGAGUAAACUCUGCACAUUGUACACAGCUGUC